UCUCCUCUCGCCUCUCUCACUCGCGUGCCUCUGCCACCCUUAAUUGCUUUGCCGCGCGAGGAGCAGAGAGGGCGGGACGCAGCGAGCAGAGCGCGUGUCCACAUCGUUCUCCGCUGCGGGGCGUCAUGCGCGAGGUACCGAGACACAGCACAGGGAGAGAGCAGAACGCGAGCGGUCACUGGCGAGCCUCCACCGUCCUUCUGUCGCGCGGCUAGGGCGAGGAGGCGAGGGACGAGGAGGCGAGGGACGACAGCAGAAUCGAGGCAGGAGGGGAGGAAGGAGGAGCGGAGCCAAGCGCUCCGUCUCCGUCGCGCUGUAGCGGACCGUAGUGGACUGCUCCUGACCCCCGCUGUGCACCAUGCUCUACUUCCAGCUGGUGAUCCUGGCCGGGACGGUGAUGCUCGCCUACUACUUCGAGUACACGGACACCUUCAGCGUGCACGUGCAGGGCUUCUUCUGCUACGACAGUGCGCUCACCAAGCCCUACCUGGGGGGGGAGGAGCGCAGCGCCGUGCCGCCCGCCCUGCUCUACGCCCUGGUGGCCGGCCUGCCCACCCUGAUGAUCAUGGUCACAGAGACGGUCCUCUUUCUGGUACAGUACACGUCCAAAGAGUUUGACAGACUGGAGACGACGGUUGCCACGGGAGACUGCUGCUACCUCAACCCACUGGUCAGGCGCACCUUCCGCUUCCUGGGGGUGUACACCUUCGGCCUGUUCACCGUGGACAUCUUCGUCAACGCGGGCCAGGUGGUGACGGGGAACCUGGCGCCCUACUUCCUGACGGUGUGCAAGCCCAACUUCACGGCGCUGGGCUGCCAGCAGGCGCUGCGCUACAUCAGCCACCAGGAGGCGUGCACCGGGGACCAGGGGGACAUCCUGAGGGCCCGCAAGACCUUCCCCUCCAAGGAGGCGGCGCUCAGCGUCUACGGCGCCCUCUACCUGGCCAUGUACGUGACCUGCACGGUGCGCGCCAAGGGGACGCGGCUGGCCAAGCCCGUGGUGUCGCUGACCCUGGUCUGCCUGGCCUUCCUCACGGGCCUCAACCGGGUGGCCGAGUACCGCAACCACUGGGCCGACGUCAUCGCCGGCUUCGUCAUCGGGGGGGCCAUCGCCACCUUCCUGGUGGUGUGUGUGGUGCACAACUUCAAAGGCAAGCUGCUGCUUGGUGAGGACCCCCCCCCCUCCCCCUCCCAGGACCCCCUGCCUGGUGGGUCGGUCCUCAACAUGGGCCGGGUCGACGCCUCCCUGGAGAAGUACAUCGCCUCGCAGAUCUGGAACGCUGACAAGGGCUUUAUGACAAUGGAGGCCGACUUCCAAGAACCACAUCGCCUUCGCUGAGGUCACAUGACGUUGAGUCGGCUGUCCGGGAAACCCACUGGGCCUCCAGCCUGUUCACCAUCCAGUCCCGUUAGCAUUAGCUUACAGAUCCACUGUUCACCAUCCAGUCCCGUUAGCAUUAGCUCCUAGUUUAGACCCACUGUUCACCAUCCAGUCCCGUUAGCAUUAGCUCCCAGUGCAGAUCCACUGUUCCCCAUCCAGUCUGGUUAGCAUUAGUUCCCAGUGCAGAUCCACUGUUCACCCUCCAGUCCCGUUAGCAUUAGCUCCCAGUGCAGACCCACUGUUCACCCUCCAGUCUCGUUAGCAUUAGCUUACAAAUCCACUGUUCACCAUCCAGUCCCGUUAGCAUUAGCUCACAGUCCAGACCCACUGUUCACCAUCCAGUUCCGUUAGCAUUAGCUUACAUUGAAGACCCACUGUUCACCAUCCAGUCCCGUUAGCAUUAGCUUACAUUGAAGACCCACUGUUCACCAUCCAGUCCCGUUAGCAUUAGCUUACAUUGAAGACCCACUGUUCACCAUCCAGUCUCGUUAGCAUUAGCUUACAUUGAAGACCCACUGUUCACCAUCCAGUCUCUUUAGCAUUAGCUCCCAGUCCAGCCCCACUGUUCACCCUCCAGUCCCGUUAGCAUUAGGCCACAGUGCAGACCCACUGUUCACCAUCCAGUCCCGUUAGCAUUAGGCCACAGCGCAGACCCACUGUUCACCCUCCAGUUCCGUUAGCAUUAGCUCCCAGUGCUGUCCAACCAGACCUCCACCAUUCACCAUCCAGUGCAGCGCCAGACCACCCACACAUUGUGAGUAGACUUGAGGAGCCAAGAAGGUGGAUCAGAAGUCGAGAGCUUUCCCACCGAUCAGAAGGGGUUCCUCACUGUCAGUCAGCCGUGAGUUUCUGAGCGAGGGGCCAGAGGAGGAGAUAAUCGGAGUCAACGAGUGGAGCUGUUCAAAUGUAAUUUGUGUAUAAUACUUUUUGGUCAAAUAUAUUUAUCCUCUCUUGCAUUUUGGGGACAUUUGAAAAGCAGAAUGGGACACUUAAUGCAUUUGAAACCUUUUGGUACAUCUUUGAUUUGUUUGACAAACGGCGGAGUUUGUAGUCUUUCCAUGUGGCGUUAUAAACUGUUCACAUCUCCAGACGGCAGAACCCGGGGGAACCCGGGUUCCCCCGGGUUCUGGGCCGUGGGUUGAUGUUUCCAUGCGGCCCAACGAGACCAAACAGGGUUGCGAGUGUCACCAGACAAUCACAGGUUCCUGUUUCCCCCCUUUCUACCUCCCCUGUGUGUGUGAGUGUGUGUGUGUGUUUGUGUGCGCAUGUGCCGUGGGUGUGUGUGUGAGUGCGUACACGUGCGUGUGCAUUGUGUAUUUGUGCUUUAUUGUUGCAAACAGCACAGAUGUGAAAUAGAUUUGAAAAACGUAGCAAAGAGGUCUUUCCUGCGUUGUCUUUAUCGUGGACAUUAAAAAGGAUAUACAGGAUUAUAUGACAUAAGAGUUGCUGUUGGACUCACAGGCCAACACUGAGAUUUUUGGUUUGUGUGCUUGUGGGUAUAUAUUAAUCUGAUGUAGUUUAUAGCUAGACGUCUACUGUCUCAUCUGUUUCUGUUACCUGACGGUGUUACACCAGGUUCAAUCCUGUCAAUCCUAGUGUAGUUGACUUGUUUCAUGUUUUUGCAACAGAUUCACAUUGACACUGGUAGGGAACUCUCUGUUCCUUAGACCAUUUACAGCGAAAAAAGAAAGCCAUGUAUCUAUUUACAUUUGAUCAUCUCUUUGAUUCAACCAAAGCCCUAUCAGACCUGGUUUACGACGACCUCAAGGUGGCUUAUUGAACCUGAUUUCCUCAGACCACAGCACUAUGUUCCUCUCCGCUUCUGCUGCGCUUUAACCGCCCCUGCAGAGCUUCUGCUUUCUGCCGACCAGUGGGGGAGACUCGAGCUCUUCAUCGUUGAUUACGAAAUCAAUCAGAGUGAUAGAAAGCUUGGUGUACCUCAUCACGCUUACCCCAGAGGGGCGUGGUCACACAGACGUAGAUGUUCAGACCACCUUCUCCAGCGCAUGCGCUGACGUCAUCUUAUCUGACACCAGCCGCAGAUUCCAGAGGGCUGGGAUAACACUGGGGAGGCUUUUCCAGUGACGUUCCAUGGCUGAGUCUGUGCUUCUUGAUGAUGCUAUGAAACUUGGUCAAAAGGAAUAAUUCUAUAUAGAGAUCUCACUUGUGCAGCAAUCAGCUCCAUUCUGAUCUGCAACUGUUUCAGCUCCCCUUCACCGCAUUACAAACGCAACGUUCGGAAAUGUCAAGCUAGUUGUUUGCUUCGGAGGAUCACAGCAUAUCUCGUGCGUAAACGAGGCACACCUGCAGGUUGAAGCCGAGGGUGCUGUUGAACUCGAUUCUGGUUUGGUUGAUGGGUUAAGAGAUCUAAGCGGCUUGUGUUUCCCUGAACGAUUCAAAGUGCCAACGGUUGUGAAGCCCAUUUCUUUAGUAGCAAUAACAUGCGCGACUUUGCUUUCCCCAUUGGUUCAGAGAGUUACUUUGUGUACAAAGUCUCAUUCUGUCGGCCCUAAAUUUUCUAUUUUUAUAGUAAUCACUGAAGCACUUAAAUAAAAGAUAAGAAAGAGAGUGGAGACUCGAGGCAGGAACAUGAAGCACUUUAAAUCAAGGUACGGCUCCUAUCAUCGCUAUGAAGUGUUUUAAAGAACAAUGCUGCCGGGUAUUCAGGAUUCAUCACGUAUAUACGCUCUUAGUGCAUUGUAAGAGCUGAAAUAAUAUUCUAAGAUAUUCUACUGAAAACAACUGUAAAAAAUGUACACGUUGGAAAUAUUUAGAUAUAUCCUUUUGGUCAUGUUGUAAAUUACUACUGUCUUGUUAUGACUGUGCACUGUAUGUGUGUGAGUGUCUGAAGGAAAAAAUAUGUACGGAAACAUCUUGAAUAUUAUUUUAUUCUGAUAUAACUACUACUGAUUAUAUCUACUCCCUGUUAUUUUACAAGAAGUAUAUUUCAUAGAAUUGUUCAUUUUCUUUCAUUAAUUCUUGUGUGGAGAGUGUUGAUAUUCAUCUCUAGUUUGUUAUUAAGUUCCAAACUAAAUUUGACUUAUUCAUGUUGAUAUAGUGUUUCAAACACAUUAACCUCCACCAACUUGGUUUCCAAAUGUGUUUAUACGUCUCCCAGACUCAUGUGUGUUUUUCUUCACCUUUAGACAAAACCUUUUGUGUUGCUAUGAUUAUAGCAUCCUCUUGCUUUUUAUACUUAACCUAUGCUCAUAUUUCUCUUGAGGGUUUUAUUUUUUUCCAAUAUUCAUUAUACUUGUGACCUAUUACACUGUAGAAAGCUUAUGAAAUGUACAGAUUUUGAAUUAAAAAAAUCCCAGCGUUACUAUUGGA